UAAGUCAGUCAUAGGAGAACCCAGCGCCUGAUUGACUGCUGCCGGCCAUGUUUACUCCGGGAACGGAGCCCGCCGGCCAUGUUUGUGGAGGGCACCCACACAUGUACACAGGGGCAGGCUGCUGAGAGUUACACUUACAGCGCUCUGCUCUGGUGCUGACCUGGCUCACUGGCUAUAGAGAGGCGAUCUAUUGAUCCACACCCAAGGGUAAUAAUGCAUUUCAGCGGCAUCUGAACCAAAAAAUCCGGUCCAUAAAGACAUCAAUUUUCAGAUGAGCCUCAGUUCUGUGCUGGCCAACACCAUGUCUGCGUCUGGCGCUGCAUCAUCUGGGAGAGGAACAGGCAAGUCGGCCAGCUUCGUCCCUGAACUCCAGAGCAUGAUGUUCUCCCUUGGCGAUGCCUAUCGUCCCUUACAUGAGACUGCCGUACUGGUGGAAGAUAUAGUUCAUACCCAGCUUAUCAAUAUGUUACAGCAGGCAGCCGACGUGUCUCAGCUGAGAGGAGCGAGGGUCAUUUCAGCGGAAGAUCUUCUCUUUCUGAUGCGCAGAGAUAAGAAAAAGUUGAAACGGCUGCUGAAGUACAUGGGGUUCCGCGACUACAAAUCUAAGAUUCUGAAAGGCAUCGAGGAUGACGAUCUGGAAGAGAAGCUGGCCGCUAGCAGUAACACAAACAAGCGGCAGAAGCUAGCCCAGGACUUCCUGAACACCAUUGACCAAACCGGGGAGCUGCUCGCCUUAAUGGAAGAUGACGAGAUUGAUGAAGUGAAACAGGAACGGAUGGAGAGAGCUGACAAACAGACACGGAACAUGGACUCGGCGCAAUAUGCAGAAUUCUGUGAGAGUCGGCAGCUGAGCUUCUCAAAAAAGGCCUCCAAAUUCCGGGACUGGUUGGACUGUAGCAGCAUGGAGAUCAAACCCAACGCGGUUGCCAUGGAGAUUCUCUCAUAUCUGGCCUACGAAAUUGUGGCUCAGUUAGUGGAUUUGGCUCUUCUCGUGAAACAAGACAUGUCUCCGAAGAGCAGCGACCCAUUCUCCCACGCCAUGACUGCUACCUACAUACAAACCCAUAAUCCGUGUGAGCCUCUUUUCCAAGCUCAGCCAUUGAAGAGUAAUCCAGACACCCCAGAGAACACCCCGCCUGCUACGCCAACGCCUCCAUCAGCCGGAGCACAGCAUAUGGGCAAGAACCAGACAGGACCUCUCGGUAAUGGGGCACAAACACCAGAGUCUGCAAAGGCAAAACAGAGGAAAAGGAAAAAGAGCGCGGCAGCCGGUGGGAUUGAGUCUAACAGCGAUGCCAUCCAGCCCGGCCACAUCAGAGAGGCUAUACGGCGCUACGGCCACAAGAUUGGCCCGCUUUCCCCAUUCACGACUGGUAACAUCCACACAAGAGUGCACAGGGCUGUUAAUAUGAAAUGAUCCCUACUGUACUUAGAGCACGUUCUAAUGCUCGUACUGAAGAUAAAUGUGGACAGCAGAGCGCCUACCGCAGGAGCGGAAUGCCAUUUUUAGCCUGUUAAUACGGAACGAAAGGACUCAACAGGAACACACGGAGGUUAUAUUAAGGUGAUCUGUCAUCCUUCCGUUUACAAGGGGAAAAGACUGAUCCCCCAGAGUGAGUGGGACGUUUGUUGUGACUAUAGACUGCCUGGAUGUCUCAUUCUGCAACCCCCUCAAUCGUUAUUCUUGUUUACUAGUUGGAGCGUUUGGCAAAUUAAUGGCAGGAUGUUUGGGAGCGUGCGUAGGUGGUGGGGGGGAGGGGAAUGCACAUGGCAGUAAGCUGCUGCGUCCCAAACUCGGCCCACGGAUCAUGGGAAGUGCAUUGUCAUCUCUUCCCUAGGUGGAGCACGCUGACAGAGACGAGACGCUGUAUGCAGGAAGUAGAGGACGCUUCCUGCCAGGCUGUCGGAUAUUUUCAUUACAUGAGUGGAAUUUUUUUGAAAUGCAUUUUUUUUCUCUUUGCUAUAAAGUUUGUAUCACAAAUAAAUGCAACCUGCCUUCAGAAUAAAACAA